UUUACCUUCAUUACAAAUCUGUGACUUUAACUGAGGGAGAACAGUUACAGGACGAAGUACUGAAGUAAACUGAAGUAGUUCAACCUGCUGCUGACUGAAAUAAACACUCAAAGACUCAAAGUGAAACUGCACUCAGAGACAAAAUGGCUUCCAGAUUAGAGGAGGAUUUCUGCUGUCCGGUCUGUCAUGAUGUCUUUAGAGAUCCUGUUCUUCUGUUAUGCAGCCACAGCUUCUGUAAAGACUGUCUGAAGAGCUGGUGGACAGAGAAACAAACACGUGAGUGUCCAGUUUGUAAGAGAAGAUCUUCAAUGGACAAUCCACCUAUAAGUCUGGCUUUAAAGAACCUGUGUGAGAGGUUCUUACAGGAGAGAGAUCAGAGAUCUUCAGAGGCUCUCUGCAGUCUGCACUCUGAGAAACUCAAACUCUUCUGUCUGGACCAUCAGCAGCCAGUGUGUGUUGUCUGCAGAGAUUCACAAAAACACUCCAACCACAGAUUCAGACCCAUUGAUGAAGCUGCUCGACAACACAAGAAGGAACUUGAGGAAACUCUGGAGCCCUUAAAGGAGAAGUUAAAGGUUUGUGAAGGAGUUAAAGUAAAGUUUGAUCAAACAGCAGAACACAUGAAGGUCCAGGCCCGACGCACAGAGAGGAAGAUUAAGGAGCAGUUUAAGAAGCUUCACCAGUUUCUAGAAGAGGAAGAGGAGGCCAGGCUGGCUGCACUGAGGGAGGAAGAGGAGCAGAAGAGUCAGAUGAUGAAGGAGAAGAUGGAGACUCUGAGCAGAGAGAUAGCAGCUCUUUCAGACACAGUCAGAGCCACAGAGGAGGAGCUGAGAGCUGAAGACGUCUCAUUCCUGAACAACUACAAGGCUGCAGUGGAAAGAGUCCAGCAGCGCCCCCUGCUGGAGGAUCCACAGCUGCCCUCAGGAGCUCUGAUAGACAAGGCCAAACACCUGGGCAACCUGACCUUCAACAUCUGGAACAAGAUGAAGGACAUGGUCUCCUACAGUCCUGUGAUUCUGGAUCCAAACACUGCUCAUCCAAAACUCAUCCUGUCUGAAGAUCUGACCAGUGUGAGAGUAGGAGAGAAACAGCAGCUUCCUUAUAAUCCAGAGAGGUUUGAUCGGUUCUGCUCUGUUCUGGGCUCUGAGGGCUUUAACUCAGGGACUCACAGCUGGGAGGUUGAGGUUGGAGACAGUACAUUGUGGUUACUGGGUGUAUCAGUAGAGUCUGUCCAGAGGAAGGGACUCAUACAGUCUGGAUUAUGGAGAAUAGGGUUCUAUGAAGGUAAAUACUCAGCACGGUCACUACCAGCUCCAUCAACUGAUCUUGUAGUUCAGAAGAAGGUCCAGAGGAUCAGAGUGAAUCUGGACUGGAACAGAGGAAAGCUGUCGUUCUCUGAUCCUGAUACUAAGACACACAUACACACCUUCACACACACUUUCACUGAGAGGAUGUUUCCAUACAUUAACACUGUGGAUGAAGUCCCACUGAAGAUAUUACCAGUGAAGGUCAGUGUGACAGUGGAACAGAGCAGUUAGAGAUAAAGAGGAUGAUUAUAUUCAUGAUGUUUAUUUCUUAAAGAGAAAAGUCUCUGAAUUGAUCCUGUUAAACUGAAACCUGCUCCUCAUUAUUCCAACACUGCAGGAACAGACACAUAUUAUUAAAUAUAAUCAAAUGUUCUGGUAUUGAGGAAAUAUUUAGCCAAUUGAGCUGAAUUCAAGAAUUUGUGCCCUAAUUAGCAAAACAAAUCUUACAAUAAGACACAAUUCCUUCAAACACAAUAAAAAUAGUGACUUUGUCUUAAAUGAAGGAACUAAUUAAAUAACAAAAUAAAAUAGAAAAAUACAAGAUAUAAAGAAAAGAAAAUAGAAUUAGGUUUUUAUUUUUCACAAUGUGUAAAGUAUUUGUAAAAAUAAAGUGAAAAUAAAACAUUUGUAACAAGUUAAUUCUGCAGUUGGUGAAACAAUCUCAUCAUAAAGUCCAUCAGUUGGUUGUUCUGGUUCUUUCUGUUUAAUCUUCCUCAGCAGAUUGACCUGCACAUCCUCCUCCUCCUCUCAGUAUCUGAUAUAUUGAAUUUACAUCCUUUUUUAAAAUCAACUUUUAGUGAAAAUGUUUACUUGAUAAAAAAAAUGUUUAUUAUUAGUUAUAUUAAGUAAAACUAUAUUUAUAUAAUAUAAGCUGCUGUAAGUGAGUGUGACAGUGAAAGCAGACACACAGGUGUGCAGUCAUAUGACGUGUCCAGGUGUCAUAUGACUGCACAUGCGCUGGUUAAAGGACUGGUUGGAGGUUGAGGGUACAAACUGAAUCAGAACAGCGUGAUUUAAAUAUUUUAAUCAAAGUGUAAUCACACACACACACACACACACACACACACACACACACAUACACACACACACACACACACACACACACACACACACACGUCGCGUGGCUCUGAGGCUGUAAUGGCGGCAGUGCUGCACGAGGACAAAAACACCCUCUCAUGCUUUAAUUUGAUUGGAGCUCGUGACUCGUUUCCCUCAUCAACAACCAACAGAGUAAACAGCUGAUGAGAAUCAACCCGAAGGAAAUAACCAGGAAGAGGGCUGCACCCUGCCUUCACAAUAAAAGCUUCACACAUACGACAACCACUGAUGGAAACACCAGAGACAGAAAUGUUUGUGCCUUUUUACAUCAUUUACUAUAUUCUACUAAUAAUUUAAUUAUAUUUUGUUCUCUUUCUUUACUCUCUGUGCCAAUUUGACCAAUAAAGGAAGAGCUUAUCUCUUACAUCUUAAUUAAAAUCA